CCGUCAUCAUCAUGGUCAGCAAAAGCAACUCGGGCGCUGUCGAAUCCGACAGAUGAUUGACAUCAAGAGAAGGAAGAGGUGGCGAUGGCUUUUCGCGUAGCGAGGCGGUGGUCCCGAAGAGCUCUGCGACAGCUUCUUUGCGUAAUGGUCCUUUACGCGUUCUUCGUUCCGUGCCUAAUCUACUUGACGACGCAGGUGGAACUCACAGCCCUGAAGCGAGUGUCGUUGGCCGCGAAUUCCGAGGGCCCUCGUUACGUGCUAAACACGUCCGAGUGCCGGUUCCCGCUCUACGAGGCUUUCCACUGGUCGGUCGCCUACUUCUACCGCAGGAAGACCAGCCGUGAGAACAAGUGCCGCGGCAAGGAGCAGUUCGUUUUCUUCGUCAACUUCACCGUCGCCCAGCUGAACGAGAAGCGCCUCGAGUACGCCUACGGGCUGACGCCGACAGCACUGGUGUGCCACUACCGUCCCGUGCUCGAAGGGAACGGCGUCUCCACGCCAUACGUGGCCGUAAAAACGGGGCCGCGUCGCCCACUUCGCUUCGGUGAGACGCUGCACGAACAGCACGUCCAAAUCACUUGCCUGCGAGACGGAGUCCCGCUCUUCACGGAGUUCCACAUGCUGCCGCAAAGGAAGAAGAGUCCGAAGGUGGCGUCACGGGACCGUCGGCUGCACGAGUUGAACCGGAGGGGGAAUCACAAGAGGAAGCUUUCGGUGCUGGUGGUCGGCGUCGAUUCCGUCUCCCGACUGAACUCGAUGCGGCACCUGAGGAAGACGCGGCGGUACCUCUCGAGUCAGCUGAACGCGUACGAGUUGCUCGCGUACAGCGCCGUCACCCGCGAUCCUCUGCAGAGCCAGAUUUCACUCCUCACUGGCCUCGACGUGCGGGAGAUCUCGAGGUUGCCCGAGCACAAAAAUUUUCACAGCCCGCUGCACAUCGUGAGCGCCUACAAGGCACGUGGUUACGCGACGUUGUUCGCAGUCGAUGCGACCGCGGACGGUUCGCCGUUCGCAGACGACCGAUGGGGGUACGGGCGCCCGCCGGCAGAUUAUUGUCCCAGGUCCUACGUGCAAGCCCUGGAGCACGACGAGCGGAACGCUGUGUGCCAAAGCUUCACUUCGAGGUCAGAGGCGCUGCUGAGGUACGUCAGCGCCGUCUUCCAGCAGGACACGAACGGGAUGCGGAAGUUCGGGUACGUUUGGCUCUCCCAACACGUCCAGGGUGACAUUAACACCGUCGGCUACCUGGAUCAGCCGCUAAAGUUCUUUCUCAGGAACCUUACCGCAAGUGGAGUGUUGGACGACACCGCUCUCCUUCUGCUCAGCAACUACGGCAAGCGUACGGGCGACUUCGCGUUUCGCUCGGCCUUCAGCGAGCACGAAGCCAAAACACCUUUCUGCUUUUUGGUGCUUCCCGAGGCGUUCCUUCGAAAGAACCCAGGCGUGGCAGUGGCGCUCGAGGUCAACCAGCGCCGUCUGGUGUCUGCGUAUGACGUUCACGCGACCCUCCUGUCCUUGGCCCAGCUGCCCGACGAUAAGUUCGAGUUUACGGAGAGAGGCUCGAGCCUGUUUCGCCCACUGCCACCUAGGAGGUCAUGCGGCGACGCUUUUGUUCAGCAAGACGCGUGCGCCUGCCUUAACUCGAGGCCAACGGCGCUGGCGGACGCGGUGAACCUGUCCCUCUUCGGCAGAUUUGCCGUCGAUCACAUGAACAACGUGACCGAGACCAACUACCCAGGCCACUGCAUUCGGUGGGGGUUCGGUAGCGUAAACAAAGCGCAAGUUAUAGGAGGUGACGAGGGUGUCGGCAGUCUGGAGCUUAGCGUUGUGAUAACGACCGCGCAAAACGUGUCCUUCGAAGUGUUUGGCGGCAUAAGUGACGUAAGUGACAGCAGUGCGCCAAACUAUCACUUGAGCUACAUCGGUAGACUCGGCUCGGACGAAGGCCCCUCGAAGUGUAUCAACGACAAACCGAUAAUGGCAUACUGUCUUUGCAAUUCCACUUUACGAAAAACAAGGAAGAAGACUAGAUAAGCUGCGACAGCUUAAACUGUGUAGUUUCCGUUCUUUGAUGUUACCUAACUGCACGUUGUUGAAGUGCAUUUCUUUUCUUUAUUUUUCAGUAUUUGGUAUCGGUCUUUUGUGUCUGUCUCUGAGUGGAUAAUGAAGCAUAUUUGUCUGCCGGCGUUGUUUUACAAGGCUGACUUCUGAAGUGCCUAAUGACAGAAAUGUCUCGUAGAUAUAAUGUACAUAUUGGUCUUGCUUUUGUA